ACCCCCUGGAAGCAGUCAUACCGUUCCACUUCAAGCAUAAACGUUAAGACAUUCGUCAAACCAGCCUUCGUUUCACAACCAGGUGCCCGCGAGUGAGGAUGAGCGAGGCCACAGAGCUGGAGUACGUGGUGCUGACCCCAGAUGACCUGGAUGACGUCAUCCACCUUCUGGUCAACCAUUACUACUCGAGAGAGAACAUUAGACUAGGUGCUGGCAUGAGCGCCGCCACGAAGAUGGAUGAGCAGUACAUUCCAGGCUGCUUGCGCUCAGGACUCUCCACAGGAGCAAGGGACGAGCGCACAGGAAGGCUAGUUGGCGUGGUGCUCAGUUACAGCGCCACGCCCCAGGCUCCCCAGCUUAAAGAUGUGGUCACGUACAUCACUGAAGCUGAGUUGAAGGUUCUCAAGGUUAAGACCAUUCUUGAGGGGAUGCUGGACUUAUCUGAGGAUCGUGGGGUGGAGUGUGUUCAGAGACUGACUCGUUUCUGUGUUCAACCCGACUAUGGCAGCCGAGGCGUCGCACGGAUGUUGGUACAGAAAAGCAUGGACCUGGGCGCCAAACAAGGCUGUCAACUAGCCUACUUACGAGCAACAAGCCCAUACACUCAGAAGCUGUGUGACCGUCUUGGGUUCGAUACCCGGGCCAUACUGGACCUCAGCACCCUGGAGGAGGGACUGCUUGACCUCUCCCGCGUCACCUGUAAGACUUUCAAGGUCAUGACUAAGAAUCUCACACCGAAAGAAACGAUAAAAUCCAGUCUUAUCCCGUGUCAAAACAGAGAGGAACGAGUAGCGACAGACCAUAUAUGCUACAGGAGACUUUCUGAGCCUGCGGUGGCGGGUGUAUCACGGCAUCAAGCAGUGCGCCUGGUGGCUGCAGGCUUCUCUUCAACGCUGAGUGAGGCUCCUACGACAGAUGUACCACUGGAUCAGACGAAUGGACAGGUGCCUGUAGCGUUACCUCCAACGCCGUGGGAGGCUCCGACGGCAGAUGUAACAAAGCAUCAGAGGCGGCGACUGGUUCCUGCAGGGUUUUCAGUAACGACAGGUGUAUCACUGCAUCAGACAGAGAGACAGAUGUUUGCAGGGUUCUACCCAACGCUGAGAGAGGCUCCUUCAACAGGUGCAAUACCGCAGCAGGCAGAGCGACUGGAGGCUGAAAGCUUCUCGCCGACUCUGAAGAAGGCUCCGUUGUCUGAAUCUCCCACCUCAAGUUGCCUCUGAAAUAUCUGGUACGACUUUCCACGAACUCUACUUUCGUAACGACUAUGUAUCAUGCCCAGAGAAUAUAUAUAUAGACGCUCCGGCACCAGCGGCCAUCUAUGUACAUAAGAAACACGACGUCCGCCACUGCUUAGUUUAUUGUUUUGUGGGGACGAGACAUCGUGGGAUCGGAUGCGCCCAGGCUUCGGGACACAGUGAUAGGGGGAUGGGAUCCUCUCCCCUUUCUUAUAGCUUUUUCAGAAGACGGGCAUGGAUGAUGCCACUACACUUAGUUCAUUUUUUGCUUCCACUUCCAUUGAUCACCACUCGAACAUUGUGAAGUAAACUAUGGUAGUGAGACUAACAGGUCGGAGAGCCGGUCGGCCGAGCGGACAGCACGCUGGUCUUGUGAUCCUGUGGUCCUGGGUUCGAUCCCAGGCGCCGGCAAGAAACAAUGGGCAG